GGGACGCGCUCCAAGUCGCCAGGAUCGCGUCCUCUCGUGGGUCUCGCCGACUCGCGGCACGGUUCGACACGUGUCAGGUGUGGUGGCCUCGUGACGGAUUCGGCGCGUAAGGUGUGCCUAGACAGUUUCCACGCUCGAGGGAGCCGCGAGAGACGUCUGCGCCGCGAGCCAGGGUGCCGAGAGAUCACGGAGCCAGGCUCGCCUCGCGACUUCGGAACGCCCCUACAGCUGCUGGGAACGACCGAUCGACUCGAAAUAAUUGGCCUUCCACGGACCGGCGGGCCGUAGAAAGCCACGAGGACCGCGAGGACAUCCGCGCGCCCCCGCCGCGGCGGAGAAUGGUCAGCUCGCGGGCCCCGACCGUAAACGUCGGCGGCCGAGCGGCCGACUCCGAGGCCGACGAGCGCGCCACUGGCGGCGAGAACGCGGACCACCUCCUGACCUGCAACGGCGAUGCGCCGGCCGACCAAUCGCGAGUCGCCGACUCCGCGGACCUCCGCAUAGGGGGCGCGCCAAGGCCUCCGACCUCCGCGGGGGAGGACUGGAGUCAGAGCGGGCCGCCCUCCCUCUCGAUGUCCGUCGACCUGCACAACCUGGUCAGCUCGUACGGACAGGAAGCGGGCAGUCCCCCCGACAAGGGCGCCCCUAACGAGGAGGAGGAGAGCUACGAGGGAUUCGGUUACGUCCGGGUAGACGGCGACGAGUCGCCAGGGGGCAGCAGCUCCGCGCCCUCCCCUACUGGCGCCAAUUCCUUCAGGAACCCGAGGAGCCCGAACUCCACUAUCGGCAGGCAUUCCUGGUUGAGAACCUCCCUGAGACGGACCCCGCCUUGCACGAACAAGAAGAGGCUCAGCUCCAAUGCGCUAGCAAGUCAGCUCUACCGUAGCAGUAGCUUCAACAGUUCCGGCCGAGGCUCCACCUGCGACAACACGGAGGACAUGUACAGCGAUGUCUCCCUAGAAGAUGACGUUUUGGAUCUUAAUCACCGGGUCCAGAUGAUUCAGGAACAGAUGCAUGCCUUAGUCGAUACGCAGUCAGUGGGAGAAGAGAGGUACGCUAGAGUGAAACAGGAGAAUGCAACGCUGCAAGCUAGAAUUCUUAUGUUGGAGGAAUCCGCUAAAGAUGCCGAAGCAAGAGCCGAAGAGAGGCUGCAAGCUGAACAGAGAAGGCAUAGAGAAUGGGUUAGUCGACUAGAAAGAGAACGGCAGUUACAGUUGGAAAACUAUGCCAUUAAGCUGCAGGCAGUGGAGACGGAGAGUUCUAGUUUAAGAGACGAAGUAACCCGAUUACGAGAACAGCUUGAACGAGUUCGAGCUGACAAAUCUCGCCUCGAAGGAAAUUUGGAAGAACUGAGGACAGAGAUCGACAUUGUUCGAGAGUCCGAAAGACAAGCCAUAAGUAGAGCGAACGAAGCCUACAGUUUGUUCGAAGAAGCGAAGGAGGAAUUGGCAGCUAGAGUCGAAGACCGGCAGAGAAUUGAUGAACUGGUCCAACAAGUUGCCCGUCUUCGAGCUCGUAACAAGAGUUUAGAAGAGUCGCGGGACGAAUUGCAAGCUGCGGCUGCGUUACAAGCUGGUCGUGAACUGUUGAUGCUGAAUCCUUGUGGAAAUGGUAAUAACGAAAAUGGUCCAAGUCUUGCAGCGGAGUUACUAGAAGGCAUGAAUCAAGAUCAGGCUGACGGGCAGACCAAAAAUGACCCCGAAGAGCCCUGCACCAUUUCGGAGAUGAGGAAAGCUUUAAAGGAACAACAAGAGGUGAACACCCAAUUGAGAGCCUACAUAGACGGAAUACUGUUGAAUAUUGUCGAUAACUAUCCUCAAUUGUUAGAAGUGAAGCAGGGGCACUGAUGUCAAAGCGUACGACAGUGACGCUACGCCAAAAAAGAGCUGAUAUUAGUCCCUAAGUAGUUGUAAUUAAUAAGUACGAAUUACAAAUGACAUUUGACUCAAGUGUGAUAUCCGUCCGUGCGAGAUCCAGGCGGAGCUGAGAGUCCUCCGUUCAUUAAUUUUCAACAAUAAACAAUUAAGAUUUGCUACUGCUGGUGUCAUUGUAGCGCCAAAAAGUUAAAAGAGUGAAGUAUACUUGGUAACAUAAUUGAAUUGUUGACUCGGGUCAGGAAUAUAGAAGUAUUUAUAAAAAAAGUUAGAUUUCAUUCGAACGUAUCAGGUUUGAACGAUAAAUUGGAUUUCUUGGCUCGAGGCAAGCAACGUGCAAUUACGAUUGAUAGGAAUCGUGAGUAAGAAAAUGUAGACUAUUGCAUAUUCAUUUUUAUUUGAAUUCAUAUUUUUUGGUGCCAAAAUGUUAUAACUUAGUGUAUAAGCUGCAUCCUUGGCUACCAUGUGUUACGACUCAUCUAGAUAAAUUGUCCUUUCGUUAUUAUAGAUCCAACUUGUUUGUUUAACGAUAAUCUAAAAAUUUAUAAACAAAGUCUUAAUCGAUUUGUGAAUUUUUCGUUCACCAAAUGAGUUUUAUUAGCAAUUGACGAAAGGGAUGUACAUACAUGGGGCCGUUUUAAUCCUAUUAAUAUAAUUCCUUAGUUCGUCCUCAUAUACAUUUUUUUUUCAUCUUUCGCAUAUUAGCGCUUAUAAUACAUGACUGACUAUCAUAUUAAAUAUUUGGACUACGGUCUGCCAUUGGUUACUUUAGUAGCACUAUAUUGGGUUUACCAUAACAUGUAUUUAUAGCAUGAUUAAAUUGUUUGAAUUAUUUUAAAACUUUUUCAUGUUAAGCACCACAAAUAUGUGUACAUAUGUAUAUAAUAUUGUAUAUUUUUAUUAACAUACUGGAUUAGUUACUUAAUAUCUACUUUCUUUUGCGGAUCAUAUUAAGUACGACUUGGAACAAUAAUUGGUAAAAGUACUGUAACUGUGUCGAUUAACAAAAAAAAAAAACAGGAAGUGUAUACGAGACUGAAGAAAAUGUGUUUUGCAGUUAAAUAUGACAGGGUAGUAGGGAUAUAUUCAAGGAAUGCAUAUCAUCCUUUUUAUCUCGCGAUAAUGGUAGAAAGUACGAAAGUACGAAAGUGUGAUUUAUACGAUAGCCUUCAGAGGUGUUCAGUACAAAUUAAGAAAUGAAUUGUAGUUUUACGUUUUGAAUGAUAUUUCACAUGUACGAAAGUGAGAAUUCUCAAGAUUCUCUAUUUAAUAUACCUCUUAACAUAACAGGAUUUAUUAAUCCUUAUUAAAGAUACAAUGUAACGAUAAUACCCAACAAUAUGUGAUAAGUAUUUAGUUAAUAUGUUGAGAAACACUGUUAUCGAUACCAGCAGGAUGUUAGUUACACGUUCGAUUGCACCAGUAUGGCUUGAUGGUCCCAUUUGUUAUCUAGUUAUUUGAAUGAUUAGUCGUUCGUCUAACUUAUCCUUUAUUCGUCGAUAUAGUUCCUUUGAGAAUUUGCUGGUACGGAUUUGGAACAAGUUGAGUAUGCGUGAAAUCUGUGAUGGGAUAAAGUGUAUGUACCUACUGAAAUAAUAAUGUAAGUUACGAAAUAAGCUAUCUAUGCCUACACGAUAUCUAUUUUCGGUAUUUACAUUGGAAACCAUUAACGUUAUUUUGAUUAAAUGAUUAUAUUUUGAUA